AUGUAUCCUAAUCGGCCUCCGGUGCCUUCUGGGCCCGGUCAACCUUAUAAGUUUACUGUUCUUGAAACUUGUGAUCGUAUUAAAGAGGAGUUCAAUUAUGUUCAACAGCAAUGUCAUCAGCUUCAAUCUGAAAGGGAAAAACUAGUGAGCGAGCGUGUUGAUAUGCAGCGAAUAUGUGUAGUAUAUUACGAAAUGGCAAAUGGAUUGAACUUGGAAAUGCAUCGUCAAAUGGAAAUCUCAAAACGCCUUAAUGCCAUCCUCAAUCAAGUCAUUCCUUUUCUAGCUGCUGAGCAUCAGUCACAAGUCGCAUCUGCAAUUGACAGAGCCAAACAGGUUACUAUGCAGGAAUUGAAUUCAGUUCUAACAGCUCAAAUGGAAGAUACGAAGCUUUCAAAAUUUGCCAAUGGUGGAAAUAUGGGGAUUUCAAAUGAUCAAUUAGAAAUUUAUAAGCAAAUGCAAGCCCAUCAAGGUGGUAGUCCCACAGCAGGCUUACCUGGUGCAUCGGCAGGAAAUCAAAGUAGCUCCCAUGGAAAUAAUCCUACUCCAUCAUCGUCAGCUUUCCCUGGCUUACCAGCUAGUAUGACAGCGGGACUUCAAAGCGCAUUUUUGAAUGGAUUAAUGUCUGCCGCUGGUGGUGGUAUGAUGCCUCCUCCUGGUUCAGCUGGUCUCCCUCUUGGCAAUAGAGAUAUCAAGGAUUAUUCAAAUGAUGAUAAACAGCGUGCUCUCGCGGCCGCUGCGAACUCACUUUUACGUGGUCAGCCCAAUAUCCCUGGAUCACCCUUUCUACCGGGUGGUUCAGGCCCUGGUGGAAUGAACUUCCCCGAAGGAUUUUUCGGUGCCGCUGCAGCUGCCCAAGCAGCAGCCGCAAGUAUAACAACGACGUCCCCAAGUCGUACUGGCGGUAGUGUAAGAAAUUCGACUACUUCAUCUUCAAAUCUCCUUCCUCCACCUCCCCCUCCGUCUCAAACACCCUCGUCUAUUACCCCUCCCGAUGAGAAGAGACGCAAGUUGAUGCAAGAUCCCAAAUUAGAGAAUCGAGAGAAUGGUGGAUACCGUAGUGCGGACGAUAUGGAAAAAUCCGGCAACUCUGCAGCUACCAACCCAAACCGUCGCCCUGGAACAAGACAGCCGCUUAAUCUCAGCCCCCAGAUGUCUAACUCAAUGGGGAGCAAUUAUCCCACCACAAACAGCGCUCCCGCCUUUGGUUCUCCUCAAAAUCGAUCUACUUUUCCUGAAAACCGGUCCAAAUAUAAGGGACAACCGUCUGGCCCUGGUGCAUAUUCUUCUGUGGUUUUGCCAAACGGAGCAGGGACUCGUCCCUGUGUUCUUGCAGCUGCCCCAGAAGCCAUUUCAGAUCCUAGUCUACCACGUCGCCUGCAGCAUGUUGCUAGUCUACCUCAUGGAGAGGUAGUUUGUGCUGUUACUAUCGCCCCAGCACCUGCAGGCCAUAGUUCAUCCGCCUCGGGGGAGACUGCUGCUCCAGGAACACCUAAACCGGAACCUGUUGAUGGCGAAGCUAUUAAUCCUGCUAAUUCGGAGGGCAGUCCUAAUGCUGCUGUUAGCAUUACAUCCCGUGUUCCACACUUUGCUUACACCGGUGGACGCGGAUGUGUCAAACUGUGGGAUCUUGAUACUAUCACUUCCUCCUCAGUUAAAGAUAUCACUCCACUGGCGUCUUUUGAUUGUCUUCGUCCGGAGAGCUAUGUGCGAUCUAUCAAACUUUUCCCGGACUGUUCCACACUUCUCAUUGGAGGUGAAUCGAGUUGCCUCUCAAUCUGGGAUUUGAAUGGAUCUGGUAGGCGAAAGAAGGAUUUGACUUUUGAUGCUCCUGCCUGCUAUGCACUCGCUCUCUCGCCUGACUGCAGACUUUGCUACAGUUGCUGUUCUGAUGGACAGGUGGCAAUUUGGGAUAUUCACAAUCAGAACAUUGUUCAUCAGUUCCAUGCACAUGAAGACGGUGCUUCUUGCAUCCAAUUGGCCGCACAAGGCACUCGACUCUGGACGGGUGGACUUGACAAUAAAGUCCGCUGCUGGGAUAUUCGUGGAACGUCCUCGAGCGAAUUGCAUUGUGUGGAAUUCAAGUCUCAAGUCUUCUCUCUUGGCUUAUCUCCAAUCUUCGGGUCACACGGUCGUCGGGCCAGUAUUGCAGCCAUAUCUCCUACUAGAGGUGAUGAAGGCUCCUCCAUAGAUGCUGCGUUCCAAGGCACUCAGUGGCUUGCAGUCGGCCUGGAGUCUUCUGAAGUUGAAGUCGUGGCUAUUGGUCCUGAUGGUCCGGCUUCACCUAUGAAUUCCGGAAGCAACAACGGAGCUGGAAAUUCGUCUUUAACCGGAAGUCCAUCACACAGCCCUGUUAUUAACACUUACGACAACCAUUUCCGUCUCACUCGACACGACAGUUGCGUUCUGGCUCUGCGUUUCGCCCAUCAUGCGGAUUGGUUCCUGACAACAGGCAAGGAUCAUCAAGUCAAUGCUUGGAAGACUCCCUAUGGAGCUAAUCUAUUAGAUACCAGAGAAGCUGCCUCUGUGUUAACCUGCGACAUCUCCCCAGAUGACAAAUUUGUCGUCACAGGCUCGGGAAAUAGAAUUGCAAACCUCUAUGAGAUUAUCUAUGGUGAGGGGUCAAUUGUAUCAACAGGAUCUUCUCACUAG